ACCUGCCUGCCUGUCCCCGUGCUUAGCUUUAAUCUCCACCCAGUUGUUGUUUAACUCAUUGUGAAGUUCUGACCAGUCCCACGCUCCCCUCCAGAAACUUGCCACAGAGGAUGAGAAAACCCUGGGGUUUCCUAGGAUGAGGGCAGGAACCUAUCAGGUAAAACGUUUCUCCCUGCACACUGGAGAGGCCAGAGCUUCUGCCCCCCGUCCCGUCAGCGGAGGGGAGGCCUUGACCUCUCCACAAGUCACGUUCUCUGAUUCAGCAAGCCUCACAGCUCCAGCUAGAUCCUGGCCAGAGCUGGCUUGGCAGAGGUGACUUGUGCGUCACUUCAUGUCCUACCCAGAAGGGGAGCGGGAAACCCGAGGGAUGAAAGGUGCCAGGUCCCUGGCUGCCUCGCUGCCAAUGGCUGAGAAGUUCUGGUGGAAAGGAACCAUGGAGGGCCCAUCCGGACAUUCUUCCUCAGCAAAAACCGCCUCCUUUCAGGAUGCCGUGCGCAUGCUCAAUACCCUGCAGACCAAUGCCAGCUAUCUGGAGCAGGCGAAGCACCAGCGGGGUGACCCCCAGACACAGCUGGAAGCCAUGGAACUGUACCUGGCACGAAGCGGGUUGCAGGGCUCCACCUGUGCCUUCACUGAAUGUAUCCUCCGAAGCUAUGGCCUGAAGACGGGAUUCUUUAGCUCUCCCCACCUGGUGCAGGUUCGGGAGCGGAUCCGCAUCAAUGGGCAGCCCAUCAGUCCUGACCUCUUCACCAAGUACUUCUGGCGCCUCUACCACCGGCUGGAGGAGACCAAGGACGGCAGCUGUGUCUCCAUGCCCUCCUACUUCCGCUUCCUGACACUUAUGGCCUUCCACGUCUUCCUCCAAGAGAAGGUGGAUCUGGCAGUGGUGGAGGUGGGCAUUGGCGGGACUUAUGACUGCACCAACAUAAUCAGGAAGCCUGUGGUGUGUGGAGUCUCCUCUCUCGGCAUUGACCACACCAGCCUCCUGGGGGACACGGUGGAGAAGAUCGCAUGGCAGAAAGGGGGCAUCUUUAAGCAAGGUGUCCCUGCCUUCACUGUGCUGCAGCCUGAAGGUCCCCUGGCAGUGCUGAGGGACCGAGCCCAGCAGAUCUCAUGUCCUCUCUACUUGUGUCCGCCACUGGAGGCCCUGGAGGAAGGGGGACUGCCACUGACCUUGGGCCUGGAAGGGGAGCACCAGCGGUCCAAUGCCGCCUUGGCCUUGCAGCUGGCCCACUGCUGGCUGCAGUGGCAGGACCACCAUGAUGCUGGGGAGCUGAAGGCAUCCAGGCCAGGCCUCCUGUGGCAGCUGCCCCUGGCACCCGUGUUCCAGCCCACAUCCAACAUGCGGCUUGGGCUUCGAAACACGGAGUGGCUGGGCCGGACGCAGGUGCUGCGGCGCGGGCCCCUCAUCUGGUACCUGGACGGCGCACACACCCCCAGCAGCGUGCAGGCCUGCGUCCGUUGGUUCCGCCAGGCGCUGCAGGUCCGCGAGAAGCUGAGCAGUGGGCCCGAGGUUCGAGUCUUGCUCUUCAACACCACUGGGGACCGGGACUCGGCGGUCCUACUGAAGCUGCUGCAGCCCUGCCAGUUCAACUAUGCUGUCUUCUGCCCCAACCUGACAGAGGUGUCAUCCACAGGCAACGCAGACCAACAGAACUUCACGGUGACGCUGGACCAGGUAUUGCUCCGCUGCCUGGAACACCAGCAGCACUGGAACUGCCUGGACGAGGAGCAGGCCAGCCCGGCCCUCUGGAGCGCCCCCAGCCCGGAGCUUGCUGGGCCUGCAUCCCUGCUGCUGGCGCCCCACCCACCCCACAGCAGUGCCAGCUCCCUUGUCUUCAGCUGCAUUUCAUAUGCCUUGCAAUGGAUCAGCCAAGGUCGAGACCCCGUCUUUCAGCCACCCAGUUCCCCAAAAAGCCUCCUCACCCACCCUGUGGCAUGCAGUGGGGCUAGCGUACUCCGUGAGGCUGCUGCCGUCCACGUGCUGGUCACUGGCAGCCUGCACCUGGUGGGUGGUGUCCUGAAGCUGCUAGAGCCUGCACUGUCCCAGUAGUCAAGGCCCAGGGUUGGAGGUGGGAGCCCCCCACAGCUGCCUGCAUUCUGCCCAUGAACUCACAUACUAGGUGCCUUUUGUUACCUGCUUUCCUGGUUCUGUCUAGACUGGCCUAGGGACCAGGGCUCUGGGAUGGGAGGCCAGGAGAGGACAUCCUCCGUUUUGAGGCUCUGUGCCUUGGCCUCUCCUUCUUCCCCUUCCUCCCAGCUGAGAUGGCAGACGGCUGAGUUAGGGGCUCCCCAGGUCUCUCACUGUUCCAGUGGCCUGGCCACUCAGCCUGUCUUCCCCCACACCCCGCCUGCCUCCUGGCUCAGGCCCAGCUUAUUGUGUGUGCUGCUGGCCAGGCCCCGGGUCCUGCUGGGUGCUGGGUGGUAGAUUUCCUCCUACCAGUGCUUUCUGGGAAGGGAGAGGGCCUCUGCCUGGGACACCCUGGGACAGAGAGUGGGUGGAGUGAAUUAAAGCCUUUGUUUUUUUAAAGAAA